GGACCCUGGCACCCCCAGGGCCUGGCCUGGACUAUUCCCCAUGGCUCACCCAUGAGCACUGGGGUUGCCGGAAGACCACAGUGGGCUUUCCCCUUGGCCGGGUGCCUGUGAGUCAGCUCUGCGCAGGCGGGGCCUCGGCUCUAUAAGAAAUUGCCUCCCACGUCCCACAUCCCGAGCCAGCUGAGCCAGCAGGCAGGAUGUGCAGCCCAGGGGCAGGUCCCAGGAGAGUGGGCGCAUGGCUCUCCCUCGUCCUGCUCUGUGGCUGCAUCCAGCUCUGCCACAUGGAUGCGAGCUCCAAGCUGCUCCCGGAGAUCAUCUACCCCCUCAAACCGCUCCCGAGACCUCCCCUGGGGGCAAACUUCUCCGUGUCGUGCGAGGCAAAAAGCGCCUUCCCGGACAUGACGCUCAUGUACUGGCUGGCAAACCGCUCUUUCGUCGAGAAACUGUACCCCGAUGGCGCCGUGCAGGAAGGAGCUGUGCAGAAGGAGCCCGUGGGCACCGGCGUCAUGUUGCGGCGGGAGCUGCGAUUCAAGGCCUUCUCCGAACAGGACCUGAGCACCUGGUUCAUGUGUGUAGUGAAGAGCCCUGCCGGGCUGGCCACCACCACCCUCCAGUGGCAGCCCGCGACAGAGGGAGCAGCAGGCACAGAGGGCUCAGGUUGGGACAGGUGAGAGCCCUGCGGUGCCUGCGCUGCUGCGCGUCACCCCAGAGGCAGCCGCAUUUCCCCCACCGAGCUGGGCCGGUGGGAGCCCUGGCUGCUGGAGCCGAGGGAAAGGCCCAGCCUGCACUGCGUGCACGGGGGCAGUGUCCAGGGCGCCCCACGAGCCUGGUUCUCACCCAGCACUUUUCUCCAGCCGGUAUAGCUGAAGACAGGGGCCAGUCCUGGGGAUCAGCAUCGCACUGCAGCCGCCUUCCCCGCUAGGCCGAGCCCAGGCCCCGGCCUCCGCCACCGCCACCUCCCCGCACGCAGGAGCGGGACAAGACUCCUCAUGCACCACGCACCCUGGGCCUGGUAGCUCCGGGCUCUGCUCCAAGGCUCCUGGCUGGCGGUUGACCGGGCAUGGCUGGAAAGCCUCGCAUGCUUGGCCGCCAGGACCGGCUGCGCUUCGUCCCCGGGCAGCAGCAGUCGGCUGACGGGCCACGCGACUAGAAGGCGCUGGAGCCCGGGGCGGGCGGCACCUCUUCCCCUUAGGGGGACACUUCAAUAAAGACCCCACUUGUGGCAAA